UUUACAGCAUCUUCCUAUGCAUUCUCCUAGUCAUCGUUAUGGCCGCAACCUUGGUGGACUAUAUUAUGGAUCAAGUGCCAAAGAAAAAGCAAGAAUACAGAGCAUUGAUCAAUGUGGCCAAGGCUUUCUCAGCGACGUCCAAUACACGGAUACUGCUCACGGUGGCUGAUAAGAAUAAUGCCAACCACUACGCCCUGCAGUUUCUACACGGCAUGCGGUUCCUCUGCAUCGGCCAUAUUGUGGUUUGCCACUGCGGUCAGACCAUAUCGGAUAAUUGGUCCCGUUACCUAAAUAUGCUCAUUUUAUCUGAAGAAUGGCCGUACAUGCUUCUAUCUGCGGGGUUCAGCAGCGUUGACACCUUCUUUUUUCAGAGCGGCUUCUUUUUGUGCUUGUCGGUGAGCAAACAGAAGAAUAAUGGGCCAUUUGCAUUCGUCGUUGGUUUGGUGAGACGCUACAUCAGAACGGCAAUUCCCUUGUUCUUCAUCAUCAUGUGCUUGUAUGUCCUGCCACGUCUCGUCUCUGGACCAGAUACCAAGGCUUUCUUUCUGGAGUUGUACAGCGGCAUGGGUCGCUAUUGGUUGCACCUGAUCCUUAUGAUCCGAAACUACGCUGACACGACCGCCUUGGAUGUGCUGCCCCACGUCUGGUAUUUAUCCACCGACUUCCAGCUCUUUGCAAUCUCCCUCUUGAUGUUGCUGCUAUUCAAAAGGCGGAGAAUGCUGGCCAUCGGAGUAUUCAUCGCCGUCUCCUUACUGGGUUGCGCCAUCGCAACUUGGUCAGUGGGCGGUUCUGUGCUGCUGCCAUUUAUGGCCUUUCCAGCACCCAACUUACAUGUAAUGGACAAAACGAUGAAUGAUUACUACGUCCGACCAUACUAUCACGCCGUCUGCUACUUCAGCGGGUGCAUAACGUACCUCCUGAUGGACGACUUCAGAAAUCGAAAAAUCACCAAGGCGACGCAGAUUGCUGGCUGGUGCAUAUCCCUCGGCUGCGGCUUCUGCUGCGUAUUCAUGAAGCUCCCCUGGUACAGGAGCCCUACUCCGUCCACAGAAAGCAUCAAACUGAUUGCGGCGUUCUUCGAUCGUAUUCUUUGGUCGGCCUUUUUGAUGUGGGUUACGCUGGCUUGUUCCUCGGGUCGUGGCGGGUUAGUAAACAAGCUGCUGUCGUGUAAUGUAUUUGUGGCGCCGAGCAAGCUUUCGUUCGGAGUCUACCUCAUCCACCUGCCUUUCAUCCGACUCUACCUGCAGGCUUCUAGGGAGCGCCUAUUCUGGUCAACGUUCAACAUGGCCUCAAUGUACUUCGGUGUCCUUGCGUGGAGCUACCUGCUGGCCUACUUCCUCUAUCUUGCGUGCGAGGCUCCGACGGCCGCACUGGACAAAAUUGCUUUCACGAGGAUCAUACGGGGAAGCGAAAAUGCGAGUACACUGGAGAAUAAGCGGCACCUGAACGGGAUAGACGUGCAACACGGGAAAAAAACCGAAGACGGCAUAAUUUCUCGCUUAUAAUGGAGGCGUGACCAGACACAUUCUACUUUUAGAAAUGCUAAAGCUGCACGAAACACUUGGAUGAACACGAAGACUCAUAUAUGUAUAUAGGUGCUGUGUGUAUACACCGCCUCUAUGUGUUUCGAGUCUCGCAUUUCGCCAAUGUCAUUGCGCUGCCUGCAAGCGACGGCAUGGCGCCUCUUACAAACAGAUACAUAUCCGAACCCGGUGGCCUACCACCGCUACUACCCGGACCUUUACACGGAUAGAUGUAGAUUCUGUGAAGAAAGGGCGGACCUACAACAUAUUGUUUGGGCUUGUCCUCGUACACCCAUACAGAAUAAAAUAAUUAAGACCAGAGAGCAGUGGGAGACCGCGUUGCUCAGCUGUGCACCGGAAGACCAACUCAAGGCAAUCCAGCAGGCCGAAGAUGCCGCCAGGGCCCAAGGGCUCGAGGCCGUCAUUUAGGUAGAGGCCUAGGUCUCAAAUCUGCUGUGCACAAAUAAAGUUUAUUCCUCCUCCUCC